AUGUUAAAACGAAGGGACCUCAAUGAGGGGAAGCACUGUGGCCUAGAUAGCGUUGACACAUACGAGCAGAGAAGCUGCACGUCGAGUGAAGCAUCGGUUAGGGAUGCCCAGUUGGUAGCUGUAUGUGGAGGUGAAGACCAACGAGAGAGCCGCAAAUGCGUAUUCAGUACUAACCCCAUGAACAGCAAUUUAGGGUUAGGGUUGUUCAGGGUCCCGAAUGGUGUUGAAGGGAAUGGCGGAAGAUGCAAUAACUGCGGAGAUAGGGAUGACCAAUUUUCCUACACAAGUCAGCCUAGGUCUAACUUUGUCAACAAGGAUAAAGAAUUGCGUGAUAAUGGGAUUAGCAUGUCGGGGCAGGUGGAGCACAUGACGGAUGAUCGGACCAAUGGAGGGGUACUAAGCCGUCUUAGUGAAGAGGCGUGUUUGGGGAAUGCUUGUCGAGACAACACGGGGAGCUCCACGGAGGCACCCUCCGUUUGUGCUAUGUGUAUGGAGCAGCAAAAGGGGCCAGUGAAGGGGGUGCGCAGGAAGGUGAUCAAACGGGUGAAGAGGAAGGACCAGCAGGGGGGCAGCGACGGUCUUAGCAGCGACGGUCUUAGCAGCGACGGUCUUAGCAGCGACGGUCUUAGCAGCGACGGUGUUAUCAGCGACUGUGUGAGCAACCAAUGCAACGGUGCAGACACUCCCCCCCGAGAGAGUAACGAAGCGGAUGGAACAAGGCAGGAACAAAUAAGCAAAAGCAUUAACAACAUUUUACGCUCGUCCAAUGUGCCGCCAAAAGAUAUGCUUAAAAGGACGGGUCGAAGAUUUGCAGAUACCUUUCUGUACUUAACAAAAGGGUACCAUAUGAGUGUAGGAAAAGUUAUAAAGAAAUCCUUGUACAAAAGAAAUUACAAAAAUAAUUCCCUCAUUAAAAUACGUGGAAUACAUAUAUAUUCUAUGUGCAAACAUCACUUGUUACCAUUCGAAGGAGAGUGCACUAUAGAAUAUAUCCCUAAUAAAUAUAUUAUGGGGUUGUCGAAGUUUUCUAGGGUUAUUGACAUUUUUGCUAGGAGGCUACAACUACAGGAGGAUUUAACCAAUGACAUUUGUAAUGCUCUGGGGAAAUAUUUGAAGCCGAAAUAUAUGCAUGUAAAUGUUGUGGCCAGGCAUUUGUGCAUUAAUAUGCGCGGCGUGAAGGAACACGAUGCGACUACUGUGACGGAUGCAUACUAUGAGGUAAAAAAUGACACGCGUGAGGAUCAGCAAGUGGAUGGACUUACUUGUGCUCCCUUCCAUAAUGCGAACCAAUUAUCUCGUGAAGAUGUGGCGUUUGUACGAAGGUAA